AAACACAAACAAACAUGGCAGACGCUCUCAGGGCUGCAUUUACCUCAGUAACAGAGACUGUUUUUCCCUCAUCACGUUCGAUACGAAACCAUCCACGACACCAUAUGGUGAGCUCAGGAAAUGAAAUUGUAUCUAACUUGGCCUUGCAGAUGUCAUUGUACUUCAAUGUCUAUUUUUCCCCUUGUUGGUACAUAACAUGCAUUGUCAUGCUUGUGGCAAAGUAUCAAAAGCUGGACUCAGUAUACAAGUUCAUAACAAUUGUUAUAUAUGUUGCGAUGGCACUGGUGGAGAUUGCCAGACUUUACCUGGGAUAUGCUGGAAAUCUUCAGGAAAAGGUUCCUGAGCUUGCUGGUUUCUGGAUCUUAACCCUAGUGCUUCAGCUCCCAUUGACGUUAAUGCUACUGCUCAAUGAGAGCAUGUUGAUAAUGCCAAUGGAGAGAGCUGUCAACAUUAUUAUGGCAGUCUUUGUUUUGUUUGAGACAGUUCAGGGCUACAGGGUGAUAAAAACAAUGAUAGACCACCAGGUAUCAAAGUUUCAUGUACAGCAGUUUGAUGAGUUAAUUGAACUUCAAGAAAUGCCUGAUGGGGUUGAAGAAGUGGGUUUUAGACCUCAGUAAACUUCAAAAACUACUCUAAAUUAUUGAGUAUGUUAGCCUUUCAGAUGAAAGGGUCAUCUGUAUUAAAUGUCCUAUUUAUUUUUGAUGUAUGUUAAAUGUAGAUUUUAAUCUAAAUUUAUUCAAACUGUUAACUUACAGUUGCAGUAUUAAAAUGAAAGAAAAGUUACCUUCAUAUACUUCAUGACUUAUAUACAAACUGGCAGGAUUUCCCUGCUGAGAAAAGCCAUAACUGUGCAUAUGUAAAAUUGCAAUGUUUUGUUAUGAGUUAGAUGUUGCCAAUAAGCUGCUGACACAUCACUCACCUUAAGUGCCAUGUGGUCUGGUCGAUGGAUGAAUGGCACAGCAUUUACCAUUCUUACUGAUUCUCUCUCAUCAAUAAUGUCAUUAAUUAUUCUAUAUUUCUUUCCCAUAGAACAGGAAGCCAAAUUGUAAAAAUUGUAUAAAUCACCUUGUUAUCCUCUUUUUGUCCUUAAUUCCCCAUAUAUCUUAAUCAGAAACAUUUGACUUCUGUAAUCGCUACCCCUUUCCCUUCAGAAAUGCUUCAUCACUUUUCCAAAUUUGUCAGCUGUAUUAGUAAUUUUGAAAUACCAACAGGUGCAAGAGGUUUCUUUUAUUUGUACAAACACUCUUUGUCAAAUUUUACA